AUGGCGUAUGACUCAGUAGCAGAAGAACCCGUCGAGUCCUCGUCAAAGGGCCCCAAGUCCAUCUCAUCCAACAAGUCAGUGAAGUCAGUGGAGCCCCAGCAGCUUUCCAACCCUCCACACUCUCCGGCGUCUGAUCUUGAAGACACUCCCCUUCUCCAGAACUCCGGCUCCCAGUUCCUUGACCCAGAUGACCCCAGGGUUUCUCCAUUGAACCUCUACAAAGUAAGACUCCUCAAGACAGGAGUGGUGAGUCUCAGCAUCAUUAAUCUAGUUCUCUUUCUUGGGUUUUUGUUCAGCGAUUUCAUCAGUAUUCCUGGGCUCAACAACCCAGGAAAGUCAUUCUUGGAAAUGGACCUUGCCUUGAUUUCUAUCCUCACCAAUCUUUUGACCAUCUGGAAAUUUGAUAUUUCCCUGUACUACGAAAGGAUCUUGGGGUACGUCAGCAGUGUGUUGACUCUUAUUACCUUCGUGGUGGUUUUCUCGGUGCAAACAAUAAGAGAAAGACUUGCUCUUCUUGGUGCUUUCAUGCUCUUGUGGACUGGUUUGAACAUUUUUGUCAACUCGUUGGUGGAUUUGGGAGUUGAGAAGGGAAGACAUUAUCAGGAAAUCAGGUUCACUGGAAGAAUCGAAAAAAGAAGAUCGGUUUACGAACUCUUCAUAAUGUUCUCCAAGACUUUGGUCAAGCUAUUCUUGUUGUGGAUCAUAUGGAAUGUAAGCUUGACCUUAUGGCUCGAAACAUUUGACACACACGAAAAGCCAUGGGGAAAAAUGAUUGGUGUCAACGAAGAUCAGUUUAAGGUGCAUUUGGCAUGUUUUGGAAAUGUGUAUGAUAGUAGCGAAGAUGAAAAGCAGCCAAUUUUAUUGGUUGAAGGAGGUCAGAGGACUUCAGCAGAAGAAACUCAAGAGUGGAUUGAGGAGUUGUUCCACUUGAAAAAGAUCCACAGGUAUUGUGUUUGGGACAGACCAGGAUACGGAUGGUCUGAAAGUUCCCCUUCACCUGUCUCUAUCAAUAUCAUCACUGAAUACCUUAUUGAGGCAUUGAACAAAGAAGGAAUUGAGGGCCCAUUCAGUUUAGUGGGUUACGAUAUUGGCGGGUUAUACGCAAGGAUGUUCGCAUCCAAAAAACCAGGAAAGAUACACUCGAUCUUGUUUGUUGACAGUUGGCACGAAGACUUGCUUAAAAUCAGACCCUUCAGUGGUCCUAACCGUAAAAACGAAGACAAGAAAGUAUUCAAAAAUAUCAUCGAAUUCAUGGAUACGUGGACAGGAAUCAAGUUAUGGUUCAAGGGAGUUAUCUCGCCAUUGGGGUUGGUUCAAAAUUUCCACUGGUUCUUCCAUCCCAAAAGGUACUCAUCCAAGAGUCGUAUAUUUGGAAGAGACAUGAAGUAUCAAUCUAGAUACAUUAGAGCCAGACUUCAGGAACAAGUGACUGCGUCUAUCUUGUCAUACAACGAAAUCAAAAAUAUCGAUAUCCACAAUUUACCAGUAAGUGUGAUAUCGUCCGACUUCAUGAUCAAGAACUCCUUGAACUGGGGCAAAUGGCAGAGAGAAAUCUCGAAGUUGAGUGAGAACACCAUUGAAUGGGUGAUUGCCGAUAACAGCGACCACAAGAUCUGGAACAACCCCAAGGGAAGGGAACAGUUGCAGCAGUUAUUGUUGAGAUUGGUGAGCGAGAAGAGCAACUACUAG